GGCCGUCUAUUUAGAAUUGUUAAUUUCAUGUAAAUAAUUUUCGGUGCAGUAUAAAAGUGCAGGUUACUUUUUGGAAGGCAUCAUUAUCGUUGUAUAUCCCAAUCGAUCUAUUGAGUCGCAGCAACAAAGAAACAAACCAUGUCUCGACUUACGAUUCUCUUUGUCUUCGCUGUGGCGUAUGAAGUACUUGGAGAAACUGUGACAAAAGGCAAGCCCGCUGCGGACUCCAAAGGCGCACAAACCGGAUACCUCUCCCCUGUUAUCUUACCUGCACCUAUCCACGGCGGAAUCGGCUUUGGACACGGUCUAGGUGGUGCUGGACUUGCCGGAGCAGGUCUCGGUGGAGUUGCUCUUGCAGGAGCAGGUCUCGGUGGAGCGGGUCUCGUGGGAGCGGGACUCCUAGGCCCGGGAUCGUCUGCCCCCCUUAACAACGCCGGUGCAGCAGGUGCAGCUCAACUCAGCGCCAUCCAAAACGCUCAAGCCGUCCAAGCGGCUCAGAUCGGAAACGCUGCCGCCGCCGGUAUCCAGAGCGCACGUGUCACAGAAGUAGCCGCAAGAGCCGGACAAGCCAAUGCCAUUCAGAACGCUCAGGCUUUGGACGCCACCCGUAUCGCCAACGUACAAAGAGCCCAGGCCGCCGCCCUAGAGAACGCGAGAGCCGCGGAGGCGGCGAGACGCGCCGCCGCCGCCAGCGCCUGGGAGCUCUCCCGUGCUGUGGAAGCCGAACGCGUCGCUAACGCAGCCCGCGUCCAAGCCGUCGCAAUAGCUAACACCCGUGCCUUGGAAGCGGCUCGCAUCGCCAACGCAGCCAGAGCUCAGGCCGCAGCCGUGUUGAGCACUGCCAACCAAGCGAGCGCGGUCGCUGACAACGUAGCGAGACAAGACGGCCUCUUGCUCGGCGGAGGUCUCGGCGCCGGUUACGCCGGCCUCGGUGGUGCCGCAGUCGUGGCUGCAGCCCCAGUGGCGGUGGCGGCCCCGGCCUACGGUGGCCUCGGAUACGGACAAGGUUACGGACAUGGCUACGGACAAAGCUACGGAUACGGCUACGGACACUAAACGAAACCGAAGUCAUACAUAGAAAUUUCUACAUCCAUUUCGCCAAUCUUUAAUACAGAAAUGGUGAGCGGCAGAUUAAAAAUAGGAACUAUUGUGUAAAUAUAAUCUUAAUAAAUUGCAUCGAAUUCCGAAUAAAUAUUGUUUCUGUUGUAUUUAAUAAAGGAACUAACGACUCACAACGAUUUUAUUUAUUUGAUUUUAGACAUUUAGAUAUUUUCUAAGAGACAUUAAAGAAAUCGUAAAUUGUUUAAUCCAUUGGAUUACGAUGUAUAAUAUUGAUGUCAUUGGGACUUAAUUCGCCAGUAUCAAUUAAGCUUUUUGUAUUAACAAAAAGCUUAAUUAUUCAUUUGCAUUUAUUGUCUAUAGAUUAAUUUGUUAUGUUUUCUAAAACAGCGACUCCUUCGAAAGCAACGGCAACAUGCGCUUCCUUCUUUAUUAUAUGCAGGGACAUGUACAAAGGUACAUCGAGGGUGUACCUCAGUGGUAACCAGCGAAUUAAACUCUUUUUUGCGUUUUUGCUUAUUGGAUUAACUUAUGGGCUACCCCAAUACAACCAAGGCCGUUCCGUGCCAGGAACUGAAUUCAGCGGACUAGCCAACGGCCAAGGUAGCCAAGGCACCGGACCGGCCGUUUAUCAAGGAUUUGGGAAUGGACAAGACUACAAUCACCGUAAGGGAUACCAAGAGAUGGGAUAUUAACGUUUUAAAAUUUGAAUAAUUUCUAGGAAGUUGUUUGCUAUUUGUCUAUCUUGACGAUAAUGCUUCUAGCACCAAUCAUCAAUUUAGAUAAUCAUGUUUUGUAAUUUUCACUAAAUAUAUAAAUCAUUAUCAAA